AAAAUAAAAUAAACAGGAGCCAUCAAUACAUUCAGAAGUUCAUGUAAUUGUUAAUAUAAGGCACAACUCGGGAAAUUUGGUCUUCAUGCAUAGAAAGCGGCACCUAUAGAACAAAGCUGUGCAACGCAGACUAAAAGGGACAGUAGUGAAUCUGUCCUACAAUGUUCACAGACAUGGAUUAUGAGCUGGAGGAGGACAAACUAGGGAUCCCAACAGUGCCGGGCACCGUGACGCUGAAGAAAGAUGCAAACAAUCUUAUUGGCAUCAGCAUCGGUGGUGGAGCUCAGUACUGUCCUUGUCUCUACAUUGUUCAGGUCUUUGACAACACCCCAGCAGCUCUGGAUGGGACGCUGGCAGCAGGUGAUGAAAUCACAGGUGUGAACGGGAAAACCGUGAAAGGAAAAACAAAGGUGGAAGUGGCCAAGAUGAUACAAGCUGUCCAGGGAGAGGCAGUGAUCCACUACAACAAACUGCAGGCCGACCCAAAGCAGGGGAAAUCUUUAGACAUUGUGUUAAAGAAAGUCAAACAUCGUCUUGUGGAGAACAUGAGCUCAGGCACAGCUGAUGCUCUCGGACUCAGCAGAGCUAUUCUUUGUAACGAUGGGCUGGUCAAAAGACUAGAAGAGCUGGAGAAAACAGCAGAACUUUAUAAAGGACUGAUGGAGCACACCAAGAGGCUGCUCAGAGCUUUCUUUGAGCUUUCUCAAACUCACAGAGCGUUCGGGGAUGUUUUUUCAGUCAUCGGUGUCAGAGAGCCUCAGGCUGCAGCCAGCGAGGCCUUCGUCAAGUUUGCUGAUGCUCACAGAAACAUUGAGAAAUACGGAAUUAGGCUUCUAAAAACCAUCAAGCCCAUGCUCCACGAUCUGAACACUUACCUCCACAAGGCCAUACCUGACACCAAGCUCACCAUCAGGAAGUACCUGGAUGUGAAGUUUGAAUACCUGUCCUACUGCCUGAAGGUGAAGGAGAUGGACGAUGAAGAGUACAGCAGCAUCGCCAUGGGAGAGCCUCUGUACCGGGUCAGCACCGGUAACUACGAGUACCGCUUGGUGCUGAGGUGUCGACAGGAGGCCCGCGCUCGCUUCGCUAAAAUGAGGAAGGACGUCCUGGAAAAGAUAGAGCUGCUGGAUCAGAAACACGUCCAGGACAUCGUGUUCCAGCUGCAGCGCUUCGUCUCAGGCAUGUCCCAUUACUACGACGAGUGCUACGCCGUCCUGAAGGAGGCCGACGUGUUCCCCAUCGAAGUGGACCUGUCCCACACCACAAUCAACUACAGCAGCCAGUCCUUCACCUACACCGAUGAGGAGGAGGAGGAGGAAGGAGUGCGCGGGGAGGAGGGAGGGAGCAGACAAGCCGAGAACGGCACAGAGAAACUGAUCGAUGACGAAUGAUUCGUAGAGUUGAACAUCGGCUCACUCACUGAGCGUUGUACAGCAGCUGAAAACGGUUACCACUGUUCAUAAAAGAUGAAUUACACCUGUAGUUGCUGCUACGCUCUUCGUUGUGAUUAUUUUACUGUAUUUUACGUUGCAAGCUUUAACUAAAUAUUUUGUUACGUUAAUGGGUGAGUUUAGGGUGAAGGGGUUUUCUCACUGCAGGGUUUGAUCUUUAAAUUUACGUUGUGUGCCUUUUAUUUUUAUUGUUUUUUUUGUCCUGUCUAAGAAGUCUAAUGGUUUAGUGGUGUUUGUCCGUUUGAAAAUGAUUGAAUGUACCUUUAUAUUUAUUUUAUGAUAUAUUUGUUACACUUUUUUUUCUCAAAAAUAAUUUGUUUAGUGAUCUAAAAUGUUAAGAGACACUACUGAAAAAUAUGUUAAAGCAGCAAAUAAUUUAAAUUUAAAGUUACACAUGAAGUGUUUAUUAUAUAAAGUUGUUAUUUGCCGUCUAGAUUUGUUUUAUCAACCCAUCUUUCUGUUUUUUUUCAUAACGUUUUUUUUAUUACAAUUUUCACUUUCCAAUUUUAACGAAAGUUGCUGCAUUUUCUGCAAUUAGGUCAAGUUUACUCCCAUACUACAAGUAGUUUUUUUUUUCAUUAUUGUAUGCUUUCAUAUGUGCAUCUUUAUUUUCAAAUAACACUGUUUGUUUGUUUUGUUUUGUUUUGUUUUUUACAUUCCAGCAUAAAAAAGCAAGGUCAGUGUCUUGCAUGAAUAAUUUCACAAGUGUUUGUGAAGUGAACUUGAAGUGGUUUAAAUGAAGGUAAGGUUCACAGACUGUGGUUUGAACAUUCUGCUGUUUUUCUCUUUAUUUAUAUAUAGUUGUGUUAAUUUUAUUUUAAUAUGUAAAUAAUCAAUAAAAUAAGAUUUAUGGUCACAAGCAAAAUGUAAUCAAUACCUUAGGUGACCACAAGAUGGCAGCAUUGCACCAUCUCAUGGAUGUGAAUUAUUUAAAUCUAKGCAUAACCUACAAUUAUAGGUGUGCUUUGCCAUUUGUUUAUAGUUUUGUUUUAUACAUUCAUUUUAAAUCUGAGAAGGGAUCUUUAUCUUGAUUUUUUUCUCUCACUGACUGAUACUUUAAUAAUAAUUACAACAGUUUGUUUUCUGAGGUUGGUGUAUGUUUUGCCAAAGUGGCAUUUUAAUAAAAGGUUUUACGAGAAA